AUGACUGCACACCCUGUUGCAAUUCACGACCCCGCUACUGCCGACGGCUGGCAUGGCCUCAUUCCAGGCGAGGAAUUCCCCGCCGAAAAAGGCCGCUAUCACCUCUACAUCGGACUCUUUUGCCCAUUCGCACAUCGCGCCAAUUUCGUUCGUCAUCUCAAGGGUCUCACCGAAUUUAUCGACAUCAGCAUUGUGAAGCCAUACCCAAAGGGCGACGCAAAUGGUUGGCCGGGAUGGCGCUUCCCUGAAUCUGACGACGAAUAUCCCGGCGCGACGGUGGACCAUCUCUUUGGCGAAAACUAUCUGCACAAAGUAUAUUUCCGCGCAGAUCCGGAGUACAAGGGGAGGUAUUCGGUACCGUUGUUGUGGGAUAAGAAGACCGGAACGGCGGUUUGCAAUGAAAGUGCAGAGCUUCUGCGAUGGCUCCCCAGUGCUUUCAAUGAGCUACUUCCGCCAUCACUCGCCUCAAUUGACCUUUAUCCACCUCAUUUGCGCGAGAAAAUCGACGCAAUCACUCCUUGGGUGCAAUCAGAUGUAAAUGCAGGUGUCUACAAAGCUGGAUUCGCAUCAAACCAGGAAGACUAUGAUAAGAAUGUCGUGCCCGUCUUCGGUGCAUUAAACAAGCUCGAACGUCUUGUUGCACAGCAUGGUGGUCCCUUCGUCUUAGGACAAGAAAUGACAGAGCUCGAUAUUCGGCUGUACGCAACCCUGAUCCGGUUUGAUACGGUGUAUGUGCAACAUUUCAAGUGCAACUUGGGAACUGUUCGACAUGAUUAUCCAAUUCUCAAUAAUUGGUUGAAACAUAUGUACUGGAAUGUGCCGGCUGCGAGAGAGUCGACGAACUUCAAGCAUAUUAAAGAAAAUUACACGAAGAGUCAUUAUGAUAUCAACCCCAAGGCAAUUACCCCGAUGGGCCCAUUCCCUGAUGUCGAGGAACACCCUGAGCCAGACUUUGGCAAACUCGCUGUUGGGGGCGUGAAUCAUCCAGCGGUGUUGGAGUAUGAAGCAAUGAUCCCAGAUGUGUAA